CCCUCCCCCGCGGCCCUGACCCGCCCCGGCGGCGGUGCCGGCCAUGGCGGGGCUGCUGUGGCGGAUCUGCAACCUGUUGAUGGCCGCCUUCUUCGGGCUGGCGGCCGCCGUGCAGGUGAGUGCGGGGCCGCUCCCCUCCCGGUGCCCGCCGGUGCCCUCCCGCGGGGCGCGGCCCGGCCCGGGCGGGGGCGGCCGCGGGCUCAGAGCGCGUCUCCCGCUGCAGGUGAAUGACCCCGACGCCGCGCUGUGGACGGUUGCCUACUUAGUGCCAUCUGCCCUGACGCUGCUUGUCAGCAUUAAGCCCUCAGUAACAGAUAAUGGCGUUUGGAGGAGCCUCUGUGACCUUCAUUCUGCUGGUUGUAUUGUUGGGACCAUUGCCUUGGCUUGCUCUUUGUUUGCCUACACUCAAGGAAACAUUUUGCACGAAGAGGAAGGCAGAGAGUUGUUUGGUCUGGUGAUUAUUACAAUAUGGAUGAGUCUUUGUCGCAGUUCAGCAAAGAGGCCACUGGGUGGAGUUCGCUUGAUUGCUGCCAUUGUGGUCGCCCUCUUCCCCUUUGCUUCCUGGCUGUACAUUUACCUGAACAAAGAGAUGCGAGCAUCUUGGCCAACGCACUGCAAAACAGUGAUUUAACUGGGUGGAAGAAAGUGUAGAAUAAAUAUUCUGACCUUACUUGCCUUUGCUUUUGGUUCUUAAUGAAAAGUUAGUAUCAGUUUGAGAUGACCCAAGAACGCCUGGCUGCCUCCAGCAAUGCCGUUUGAGAUUUGUUAAAAAAACUGAGGAACACUGUCAAAUCUGAGUGGAGAAUUUUUCUAUGGGAACUGUUGUUCAGCUGCCUUCUUCAUACAUUUUCAGAGCACUGUGGAUCUAAUGUGUGUUCUAAUGGUAUAUUCAAGAUAGAUAUCCUGGCAUCCCUGGAUCACUCUCCAACCACCUUGUACUUUGGGAAAUCUACUGUUCCUGUUACAUAAGGGAAAAGUAAAGUAAACACUUUGUUUCAAUAAAUGACUAUUUACAACCAUCAAAGUUGCAGGUAUCUGCCUGGAUAGUCCAUUGAGACUAACUGAGAAAUUCAGCAGUCUGUAUUUCUGUUCCUACACUAAAAUCAUGUGGUAGAAUAUAUCUGAAGGAAUAUUUUUGCUAUUAUCUUUAACUGAAAAUCACUGGUUUUCCACAGUAAUAAAUACUAUUUUUCUAAAGAAAAUUCAAUGAAAGCUUCCAUAUCUUUAUUUUCUGUGAGAUGCGUGCUAAAGGCUGCCACCAGCAGACACGGUCACUAUCACAACUCUGCUUCUCACAGAAUUUCUGUUCCUGGCGAGCAGAACCCACAUAGCAGCACAGCAACAGUAAGCACGUUCCACUGCUGCUAAUCCUGGAGAAGAAAGCACAGGUGAAUGUGCUGGACACACAAGCUGGCUGUGUGUGAGAGCCAGAACAGGUCCAGAUGCAGCACAGCAGCAUG